AUGUUUCCAUCCAUCAGAAAGCAUCUAAUCUAUACUGUUUUAUCAUCUAUAGAUAUUGACGAGUGUGCAAGUAGCCCGUGCCAAAAUGGAGCUGCGUGCUCAAAUGAGCAAAACCGUUUUGUAUGCACGUGUACUGGUGGCUGGACAGGCACGGACUGUAACACAGAUGUCAACGAAUGCGCGAGUAACCCGUGCCAGAAUGGAGCUACAUGUCACAACAACCAGAACAGUUACUCGUGCACGUGUGCAGGAGGCUGGCAAGGAUACGACUGUGACCUGGACAUUAACGAAUGCGACAGUAACCCGUGCCACAAUGGAGCCACGUGCAACAAUUUACAGAAUCAGUACACGUGCACUUGUGCUGGUGGUUGGCAAGGAAACGACUGUGAUCAGGAUAUAAACGAGUGUGCAAGCAACCCGUGCAAGAACGGAGCCACGUGCAAUAAUUUACUAGAUCAAUACACAUGCACGUGUGCAGCAGGUUGGCAGGGCUAUGACUGUGAUCAAGAUAUUGAUGAAUGCGCAAGUAACCCGUGCUUUAACGGUGCUACGUGUAACAACUUGCUUGACCAGUACACGUGCACUUGUGCCGGAGGAUGGCAAGGAUAUGACUGUGACUUAGAUAUCGACGAGUGUUUGAGAAAACCCAUGCCAGAAUGGAGCCACGUGUCACAACAACCAAAAACAGUUACUCGUGCACAUGUGCUGGAGGUUGGCAAGGAUAUGACUGUGAUAUAG